AUGGAAAACGCUAGUUGGCUCGACGAGCAGGGGAAAUUGACCGAUGCGGCCGGCUACUUUGACGUAUCGAUACCGCUGAACAUGAUUCUGGGAUUUGCCGAGGAUUAUCGCAGGAUCGUCGUUAACGCCAAACACGAAUUGAUCCUAACGAGGGCGAAGAGCGACACCAAUGCGAUCGUGCAAACUGCUGCGGAAGAAUUCAAAGUCGUAAUUCAAAAGUUAGAAUGGUUGAUACCGUACAUAAGAGUUUCGGAUCGCCAAAAGAUCGAGCUGCUGAGAUUCAUCGAGAAGGACGCGCCCAUCUCCAUGAGUUUCCGUACCUGGGAGUUAUACGAAUAUCCUCUUCUUCCCGUCACUUCGAAACACGUAUGGACCGUCAAGACGUCGACGCAGCUAGAAAAACUACGAUACGUUAUAUUGGGAUUCCAAACGAGUAGAAAGAAUAAGAAAAAUAAAAACGCGAGUCACUUCGAUCCUUGCAAUGUCAGAGACGUUAAACUGUUUUUGAAUUCGCAAUGUUACCCGUAUGGAAAUCUUAAUCUUGACAUUAGUCGCAAUCAAUUUGCUUUGUUGUACGAGAUAUACGCAAAUUUUCAAGCUGCAUACUACGGUAAAGAUCCCGAGCCUCUGUUGACGAAGAACGAAUUUUUGGGGUAUGCACCGCUGAUCGUCGUUGAUUGUUCCAAACAAAACGAGUCCCUCAAGUUCGGGCCGGUCGACAUUCGUCUCGAGUUUGAGGCAGAAAAUAAUUUUCCCGCCGAAACUUCGGCAUACUGCUUAAUCCUACACGAUCGUAUCUUCGAAUACAACCCGAUCAGUGGUUGGGUGAAGAAAUUGGUAUAA